CUACAGAGAGUAGACGCACAUUCCUUAGUGAGAUUCCAGCCUCCAGAGCUUUAAUAUGACACUGUGAACUUGUGAAUUUAAACUUUAGAUUUGAUAAAACAGUAUUGUGAAGAUGUGUUCUACUAAUUCAAGAGGUUUCUACUGUAUAGUCCAUUGGACGCUUUUGUUAGUGGGGUUAGCAAAACUAAUUCUGGACACUCCGUGUUGGUACUUCGUUGUGAGUGAGCAGUACAAGUUAAUAUUUCCUGAUGAUUAUCACAAAGAUUUAGACAGCACUCGGCUUCUGGAAAAGCGAUCGGUGUCGACCAAACUAUUCAUAGGGAUGCAUCUAGCCAUACUGAAGUUCGUCAUCGAUGUCUUCAUGGAUCUCACGCUGCUGUACGCAUGUUAUAAGAAAAACAAAGGCCUGCUGGUCCUGUACUCCACCUACAACGCUGCCGUCGCCGCGCUGACUAUCGCCGGCAUAUGGCGCGCCUUCCGCGACUUUUCCAAGGCCACCGCGACAUCUGCUGUCAACCCCUUCUCGUCUGGACCGAAGGACAGUGUGUUAGUGGAGGUCUAUCUCAUGUUCGUGUUCAUCGCGCCUUACAUCGUCUCCAGUGUUGGCAGCCUAAUGAACAACGCACUCGCGAUAUUUAUCACUGAAAUGGUAAUGGUGCAUAUUGUGCUGCCCAUCCUGGUGUACUACGAGAUCCAGAUGGUGAAGAUCUACCAGCUGCAGAACCGCGCUAUACUGAUGCAUCUUCUGAAGGACAAGGCGGGCAAGGAGGAGACUGCCCCGAUGAAUGCACAGAAUUCUGACGUAUAAUAGAGUUGCCAUUAAAACUUAAAAGAAAAUAAAAAACGUUGAUAAAAAUG